AGAUGGGGUUUCACCGUGUUAGCCAGGAUGGUCUCAAUCUCCUGACCUCAUGAUCCACCCACCUUGGGCUCUCAAAGUCCUGGAAUUACAGGCAUGAGCCAUUGCACCCGGCCCAAAAGCUUUGUGUUUUUACAGAUAUUAGACAUGUUUCUUGUUUAAGAAAAAAAAUCUUAACAAAAACGUAGGAGAAUAAGAGAAACAUUUUUCCAAAAAAGAGAAAUCAUUGUGAUGAUUUUAUCUUAUUAGAAUGUUGGAUAAUAUAGUCUGCUUCAUUAAUCAUCAAGCAUGCUAUGCAUUUUCUAUUUUUAUAGGAUCUGUAUCUCAGUUAAGGUAAUACUGGUAAUUUUUGCACUGUAAUCAAAGAUGAAAAAUAUAGGCCAAAAUCAUAGACCUUGCAUAGAAGCUGGAUAAUGAAGACAGCUAUGGAGAAAAACAGAUACACACACACGGACACACAUAUAUAUAAAGUAUACACACAUAUAUUUUUUAAAGUUUUAAAGCUUUUAAAGCAAAAGCCGGCCCCUCUUCUCUUCCAGAGUGGGAGGCCUCUCCGCUCUCUUAGAGUGGGUGGGGAGAGCGGUUGCCAUGGGCAGCUUUCCUUGUGAGUCACAGGGCCCUCUGGCCACGCUGCUGUGUGGCCACGCCCCCUUGCCCUUUCAUCUUUCUCAUUGACCAAUGGGCUUGGAGCAUUAAGGCCACGCCCCUAUUCCGCAUUCUACUGGGGCCCUGGUUACGCCUCCUCUGGCUCAGUCACACAGCUGUCUGGUAGGUGACUGGAAGCAUUGAUCGGUGCUUACUGAGAUUUUGCUGCUGUGGCCCCAACCCUUCCUCCCUCCCCAACCCUUCCUCCCUCCCCAACCUGCGAUGGCAGAAGAAACUCAACACAACAAAUUGGCUGCAGCCAAGAAAAAGUUAAAAGAAUACUGGAAGAAAAACAGCCCUAGAGUUCCAGCAGGAGCAAACAGGAACACAAAAACAAAUGGCAGUAUCCCUGAGAUAGCCACUUGUGGUGGUUGCCAGCCACCUGGGGAUUCAGCAACAGGUUUCCACAGGGAAGGCCCUACAUCAUCUGCCACCCUGAAAGAUCUGGAGAGCCCGUGCCAAGAACUAGCAGCAGUCCUGGAUUCAAGGUCCGCAGAAAUCACCCAACUGAAGAACACCAUCAAAUCUUUGAAACAACAGAAGAAACAACAGGAACAUCAGCUGGAAGAAGAAAAGAAAGCAAACAACAAAAAACAGAAAGCCAAAAGGGUGCUAGAGGUUCAAAUCCAGACAUUGAACAUAGAGAAAGAAGAACUACAUACGGACCUGUACCACAUGAAACAUUCUCUCAGAUACUUUGAAGAAAAGUCCAAGGAUCUGGCUGUCCGCCUGCAACGUUCGUUGCAGCGUAAAGGAGAGUUAGAGAGUGUUCUCUCUGAUGUCAUGACCACACAGAAGAAGAAGGCAAACCAGUUUUCCAGCCCCAGUAAAGCUCGUACGGAGUGGAAGUUAGACCAGUCCAUGCGGGAGCAGGAACUACUGAAAGUGCAGCUGACACAGUUGAAGGAGUCAUUUCAACAACUCCAAUUAGAAAGACACGAGUAUGCUGAACAUCUAAAAGGAGAGAGGGCCCGGUGGCAGCAGAGGAUGAGAAAAAUGUCGCAGGAGAUUUGCACAUUAAAGAAACAGAAGCAGCAAGAUAUGCGUCGGGUAGAGGAGCUGGAGAGGAGCUUGUCGAAACUCAAAAAGCAGAUGGCUGAACCCUUGCCCCCAGAGCCCCCAGCAGUGCCCUCUGAGGUGGAGCUGCAGCACCUGAGGGAGGAACUAGAGAGAAUGGCAGGAGAGCUCCAGGCCCAGGUCAAAAACAAUCAGCGCAUAAGUCUCCUGAACCGGGGACAAGAAGAGAGGAUUCGGGAGCAGGAAGAGAGGCUUCGGAAGCAGGAGGAGAGGCUCCAGGAGCAGCACAAGAGCCUUCAGCAGCUGGCCAAGCCACAAAGCGUCUUCGAGGAGCCGGAGCGCCUGGAAGCUGCCAGCCAGCAGAAACAGCAGCUAACAGCCCAGCUGAGCCUCAUGGCUCUCCCUGGGGAAGGGCACGGAGGAGAACAUCUGGACAGUGACGGGGAGGAGGCACCUCAGCCCGUGCCGAGUGUCCCACAGGACCUGGAGAACAGGGAGGCCAUGAGCAGCUUUAUGGACCACCUGGAGGAGAAGGCAGACCUGAGUGAGCUGGUGAAGAAAAAAGAACUUUGCUUCAUCCACCGCUGGCGAGAGAGAUACCAUCAGAAAAUCCAUCACGUUUUAUCAGAACCAGGGGGCCGUGCCAAAGAUGCGGCACUGGGAGGAGGACACCAUCAGGCUGGAGCUCAGGGAGGAGAUGAAGGUGAAGCUGCUGGAGAUGCAGCAGAUGGUAUUGCGGCUUACAGCAACUACAACAAUGGGCACAGAAAAUUCCUGGCCGCUGCCCAGAACCCUGCUGAUGAGCCCGGUCCAGGAGCCCCAGCCCCCCAGGAGCUUGGGGCUGCAGACAAGCAUGGUGAUCUUUCUGAGGUGAGCCUCACCUCCUCUGCCCAAGGAGAGGCCAGGGAGGAUCCUCUCCUUGACAAGCCUACUGCACAGCCGAUCGUGCAGGACCACCAGGAGCACCCAGGCUUGGGCAGCAACUGCUGUGUGCCGUUCUUUUGCUGGGCUUGGCUGCCAAGAAGAAGGAGAUAAACAUCACCAUCCUCAAAAAGCUGCUGAAGAAAUUUUUAAAUAAGAAACCAAGUUAUGGGGUUAAUCUCCUACACAAUUCAUUUACUUCCUUUGAA